AUCGUACUAUCCGAUUAAUCAGCAGUUUAAUCCAGCCAUCAUGCAUCAGCUAAACUGCCGGCCAGAAUAUAUAUAGCGCACACGCCCUCUUCCGAGCCGCAACCCUGUCCUCUCUCCAUCGUCUUCUCCUCCAUGAGUAUUGUUUAUACAUGUGCUCCUCUAUCAUCUCUCAUCAUCGUCGUCAUCCUAUCCCUUGUUUGAUCUAGCAAAGAUCAGAAGAUAGUCUCCUGUUGGUUGUUCCUGGAGUUCGUCACACCAUUCAUGCGCGUCGCAAACAAGCUAGCUCUGAUCGAUCUCGCCGCCGCAGCUAGUUUUGUCGUCCCAUGCAGCAUCUUCAAUUUCUCCCAGAGCUUCUAGUUUGCUAGGGAGAUAGGCAGCCACCAGCUAAGCCGGUCGUCACUGGAAUCCUAGCUAUAAAUAGUGCAACGCUCCAAGAGCGAGAGCAUCCGGCCGAGGUGAGCAGAGCAUCCCGACGAGAGUGAGCAGAGGUAGGCGGCGGCCCGAGAGCUGAGGUGCGAGGUCGUCCCGUCGCUCAUGGAAGGCGCGGGAGCCGGGUGGCCGGAGCCGGUGGUGCGGGUGCAGUCGCUGUCGGAGAGCGGCGCCGCCACCAUCCCGGACCGCUACGUCAAGCCGGAGGCGGAGCGCCCGGCGGCGGCGGGGGCCGGGGGAGCGACGGCAGAGGGCAUCCCCGUGGUGGACCUGUCGUCGCCGAGCGACCCGGCGACGGCGCGGGCGGUGUCGGAGGCGUGCCGCGACUGGGGCUUCUUCCAGGCCGUGAACCACGGCGUGCCCCCGGAGCUCCUCCGGCGCGCGCGGGGCGUGUGGCGCGGCUUCUUCCGGCAGCCGACGGAGGUGAAGCAGCGGUACGCCAACUCGCCGGCGACGUACGAGGGGUACGGCAGCCGGCUGGGCGUGGAGAAGGGCGCCGUCCUCGACUGGGGCGACUACUACUUCCUCCACGUCCGCCCGCCCCACCUCUUCGACCCCGACAAGUGGCCACACCUCCCCCCGGACCUCAGCGAGCAGGGAGACGACGGAGGAGUACAGCCGGGAGGUGGCGGCGCUGUGCGGGCGUCUGAUGACGGCGAUGUCGCUGGGGCUGGGCGCCGGGCCGUCGCGGCUGCAGGAGGCGUUCGGCGGCGCGGAGGGCGCCGGGGUGUGCGUCCGGGUGAACUACUACCCGCGGUGCCCGCAGCCGGAGCUGACGCUGGGCCUGUCCUCGCACUCGGACCCCGGCGGCAUGACCGUGCUCCUCGCCGACGACCGCGUCCGGGGCCUCCAGGUGCGCCGCCGCGGCGCCUGGGUCACCGUGGACCCCGUGCCCGACGCCUUCAUCGUCAACGUCGGCGACCAAAUCCAGGUGCUGACGAACGCGACGUACCGGAGCGUGGAGCACCGGGUGACGGUGAACGCGGCGGAGGAGCGGCUGUCGGUGGCGCUCUUCUACAACCCCCGGAGCGACCUCCCGCUGGCGCCCAUGCCGGAGCUCGUCUCGCCGGAGCGCCCCUCGCUCUACAGCCCCAUGACCUUCGACGAGUACCGCCUCUACAUCCGCCGCAAGGGGCCGCGCGGCAAGAGCCAGGUCGAGUCGCUCAAGGCCACCGCCGUCGGCGCAGCCAGAUAGAUGAUGCAUGCAUGCAUUCGUCGCAAGCAUUGCGUGCCUGCCUGCCUGCACAAAUAAUAAGAUUUCAUUGAAGAAUUCGUUUAUUAGGUUAGUUUAUUAGUCUAGGUGUAUGGGGUCGGACCGAGUCAUAAUAAACAAAAAAAAAAUCUGUCGAUUAUU